AUGGAUGGCAACCACCUUUCAGAACAAGAAAGACAUUGUGCACAACCAGGAGUCAUGCCUAGGGAAGCGAGAUAUCCGGAUGGCGUUUCUCCAACCGAUAUGCCGGAAUCGAUGGAUUCGCUACAACGACGGGAAUCAAGGUUGUCGUUUGAGAGUGACGACAUUUCCGAAAUCAAAAAUUGCGCGGAAGAAGGUUGGAGUCAGAACAGUGAAGCACAGUGUUACCAAAGUACAGGGUAA